AUGAGACUCGCCCACCUCCACCUCCCCCAUACCACACCCUUCGCCCGAGUCUCCGCCCUCCAACAAGCCCUCACAACCCGCUUCCUCGCCCACAAAAGACUCGCCUCACCAGCCUCGCAAAACACCAAUGGCACAUCCAACCAAACACGAAAAGCAAUCCCACCACCGCCCGACCCAACAAUCAUCACAUUCUCCCCAAACCCCGUCUACACCACGGGUCGGCGCGACCUCCCACCGUCCAACACAUGUCCGCCAGAUCCCAUGAACCUCUCACUCCCACCAGCCCUCGAACCAAUCCGUUCACUCCUUACACCCUCGGGCUCGAACCCGCCGAAAGCGGAGUAUCAUCCCACGCUGCGGGGUGGCCAGACUACUUUCCAUGGACCGGGCCAGAUGGUCGCGUAUACGAUUCUAGAUUUGAAACGGCUUAAUCUCACGCCUCGGUGUCACAUUCGUGUCUUGGAGAAUAGUGUUAUUGAUUUGUUGAAGCGGUAUGGGGUUAAUGGGUUUGUGACGGAGGAUCCUGGUGUAUGGGUAUCAGAAAAGGACUCGGGUUCCAGUUCGGCGCCGCCGAAAAAGAUUACCGCGGUGGGGGUGCAUCUUCGGCGGAAUAUUAGCAGUUUCGGGAUUGGAUUGAAUGUGACCGAGGAGCCGAUGUGGUAUUUUCGGCAGAUUGUAGCGUGUGGGCUUGAAGGGAAGGAGGUGACUAGUUUGGAGGGGAUGGGUGUGACGGGGGUUGGGAUUGAUGAGGUUGCUGCUGGGUUUGUUGAGAGGUUUGUUGAAAGGGUGAAUGAGGAUUUUGCUUGUAAGCAUGGGGUUGGGGAGAAGAUUGAGGAGGUGUAUCCUGUUAGAGAGGAGGAUUUGUUGGUAUGA